AUGGCGUCCCAUGAGGAUGCAAUAUUCGACAACAACAAGUACUUCUUCCCCGGAGGUACGGCCAAGUUCCGAGAGCAGGCCCAAGCCGGCCUAGAGGUUCCAGCGGAGCGGGACGAACAGGGGACACCAGGGCUGCAACCGCUGCCUAACGAGCAGAAGUUUGGCUAUCACGACGUCCAAGGAUUAUACGGAUAUUACAGCGCACCGCUUCAGGCCCCGGCUGCGUAUGCGACUGAGGAUGUGACGAUCGGUCUGCCACCGGCGCAGGCAGCGGAGCAUAGUCAGUGGUCUCAAGAGCCGGCGACUGACGACCGAAAUUGGCAGCCGCCCAUUGCGCACGACGGACAUUACUUGGACCAGCCAGUGGCUCCAUCACAGCAACAGCAACAGCAUCAACAACAGCAGCAGCAGCAGCAGCAGCAGCAACACCUACACCCAGCGCCGCAUCAGAAUAACUGGGGAUGGUCGACAACUACUGUGGCACCAAAUCAAUAUCCAGAGCAGACCUACUGGGCUCAGCCAAAUGCGUCCCACGGAAGCGUCAGCGCCCCGACGCAGUGGGGACAACAGUCAUACACCUCGCUCGAGGCAUACUCGCACUCAGACGCACGUUCGUCCAACCAUGCAGUAGAAGAGUCUCACCUCGUGCCCCCUCUACACAGCAAUCAGCUCACGGAAAGUGGGAAGCCUCCCCGCAGCAGCCGACAAGCAGAUGCGAGGAAACGGAGGUAUUGCAUUGCAGGCGGGGUCCUAGGGGUGUUGAUAAUAAUCGGUGCAGUUCUGGGAGGCGUGCUGGGGAGCGGGGUCAUACACAGUAACCCCACGGGAUCAGCAACCGUUCUACCACCGUCAGGGGAAAACAAGACAUUCGCACCCUUGAAAACGAUCCGGCAGAAUUCGAAACUGGCCGUUACUGGCUACAGAGGGGGGAAUGGCAACUACACUCUGAGGCUUUUCUUCCAAGGCCCUGACGACCACGUACGUUUCAUGGACAAGUCGAGCUCCGAUUCAGCUUGGACGGAUCCCGUAAUGCUUGACACUCUGGACUACAAGCCGAUGCCCGGAGGCUCUAUAGCAGCGGGUUCAUAUCAGGGCGUAAAACCUGACCAACUCGAGUUCUUCUAUCUGGACACAACGUCAACCAUCCGCGGCCAGGUUUUCAACUUUUGGAACGAUGGCAAGGCCCUGAAGGGCCAGGCAAGCUCUUUAGAUGGCUGGCCACUCAAAGUAGCCACGAACACUAGCAUAUCCUGCUACUUCCCCUACAUCGUCUCACAAGACGAAGACGAUCAUAUCCGGUGGACGUGGAUGAUGGGUCAGAACAAGGAUAACGAUUCACAGCCGUGGUGGGUUAAUGACACGAGCAUGAAUGUUUUGGGGUCCAAAGGAACCGACUUGACUCUGCUACCUGUCGCGCAGACGUAUGCGAAAAACGGAGGCUUCAUCUACCGCAACCAGGAGGGGAGCGUGGCGACCGCCAUCAAGGACUAUUCGGAUGAUGGAUCUGCGACUGCGAACGUGGCAUGGAAGAAGGGCUCUCUCUCUGCACAUAUACCGGUCGACUCGGCCAUCGGAGCGUUCGCAGCUGGCCGGCCGUACACAUCGGACGAUAUCAAUACGUACAUCCUCUACCAGGAUGAGAAGGGCGAGAUCCAGGUCGUCUGGCAAGAAGGCGACGAAUGGCAGGGCCCAACGACACACGACGCCCUCAGUAAUGCGGCAGUCGGCACCGAUAUAGAGUGUCUCACGCAGGCGGCGUGGGAUAACGCGCAAGUCAAGGUCUCGAGAGAGCAGGACAUGAAUCGUUGCUUCUUCCAGGAGAAGGGGACCGGGCGGCUGAAAGAGGUCUGGUACGACGGCUCCGAAUGGAAGGACCAGGGAUUCGUGCCGCUGGAUUGA